AUGUCGGACCCACUGACUCCUUACGCGGAGAAAUAUCUUCAGCCUAACGGACCCGGCGAUGCGCGUCCAACCGCUUUCCAGGUGAUUCGCGACAACAAUCUUGUUGGGAAAUGGACUGGCAGAGUUGUGCUUGUAACAGGAGGCACUUCUGGAAUUGGUAUCGAGACAGCGCGAGCGCUCUUCGCUACUAACGCCGAUGUCUUUAUUACAGCUCGCGACCUAAACAAAGCCAGCAGGGUUAUUGAAGAUAUCCGCAAAUCAACCAAAGGUGAUGGUAGGCUCGAAGCGAUCGAGAUGGACAUGGACAAGCUUGAGUCAGUGAAAUCUGCUGCUCAAGCUUUUCUCGACAAGUCUAGCAAGUUAAACGUGCUUGUAAACAACGCAGGCAUUAUGGGUCUUCCGAAACGUAGCACCACCGUUGAUGGUUUCGAGCGACAGUUUGGCGUUAACCACCUCGCCCACUUUACCUUGACUGCCCUGCUUCUCCCCACCCUCCUUAAGAGCACAUCACCCGCCUUCAACUCCCGCGUCGUUAUGCUCUCCUCCUCCGGACACCGUUACUCCACCGUUAACCUCGCCGACCCCGGCCUCGCCCAGAAUUAUGACGCAUGGACAAGCUAUGGGCAGUCCAAGACCGCCAACCUGUGGAUGGCCAAUUACAUUGAUCGCACGUACGGUUCGCGUGGCGUUCAUGCUCUUGCCGUGCACCCUGGCGCCAUUAUCACUCCGCUCUAUGUGCAUGUCCAGAGUGUACCGUCGGAUAUGCCGCAUGAUUGGCAGACCAAUCCUGCGGCGCAGGCAUCCAUGCAGUCGUGCGAGCAGGGUGCUUCAACGUCGACAUGGGCAGCAACCGCACCGGCGCUGGAGGGAACUGGGGGGAAAUAUUUGUGCAAUUGCGGCAUUGGUGGACCAGCGAAGAAUUUGAGUUCGAUUUUGGACCCAGGAUAUGCUCCACAUGCAUUUGACGAGGAAGGGGAGAUUACGUUAUGGAAUUUGAGCAGUGAACUGGCCAAUGUUAAGAUCGAGAUGUAG